CGGUCACCGGCUGCGUGAGGCAGAGAGGCCCCGCGCGCUCCCCAGCGCCGCCAGCGGGAGGGGCGGGGCCGGCGGGCCCCUCAGGCGGCGGCGGGUGCCCAGCCCCGCAGGCCCCGGGCCCGGUGCGGGCGUUUUGUCUCCGCCCGCCCCGCUCCUCCGCGCCCAGGCCCCGCCGAACGGGCCAGGAUGAGCGGUGAGGACGGGAACGAGGAGUUCUACCGGCAGCUGCAGCUCCAGCAGCAGUACGAGGCCAAGGCCGAGCCCGGCGGCGAGGGCGAGUCCGACCCCUUCACCUAUGUAGACCCGGCCGAUGGGGCCGCCUACGAGUGGGACCGGGAGAAGAAGGCCUGGUUCCCCAAGAUAACAGAAGAUUUCCUGGCAACAUAUCAUGCCAACUAUGGCUUCCAUGCAGAUGAUACAGACAGUUCAUCCACUUCUGGCACAGCAACUGAAAGUAAGCAGCCAGUAAGUUCGAAGACAACAGGAGCACAACCACCAGCAAAUGAGAAAGGACCACAGCAAACAGAUCCAAAACAAAAAGCAGAAAAACGGAAGCUUGAGCCAGGGUGGUUUCAUGUCGAAGAAGACAGAAACACAAAUGUUUAUGUGACUGGUUUACCUCCAGACAUUACAAAAGACGAAUUUGUACAAGUCAUGUCAAAAUGUGGUAUAAUUAUGCGAGAUCCUCAGACAGAAGAACACAAAAUCAAACUUUACAAAGAUAAGGAAGGAAAUCUUAAAGGAGAUGGCCUCUGUUGCUAUCUAAAGAGAGAAUCGGUUCAACUUGCAUUGAGACUUCUGGAUGAGGCAGAAAUUAGAGGCUAUAAAUUGCAUGUUGAAGUUGCGAAGUUUCAGCUGAAGGGGGAGUAUGAUGCAAGCAAAAAGAAGAAGAAAUGUAAAGACUACAAGAAGAAGUUGUCUCAACAGCAGAAACAGCUGGAUUGGAGGCCUGAGAAGAAAGACGGCGCAACUCGAAUGCGACAUGAACGCAUCGUUAUUAUCAGGAAUAUGUUUCACCCAAAGGACUUUGAGGAGGAUCCCUUAGUCCUAAAUGAGAUCAGAGAAGAUCUGCGGACAGAGUGUGAAAAGUUUGGUCAAGUAAAGAAGGUUCUCAUAUUUGAUCGACACCCUGAUGGCGUAGCUUCUGUGUCAUUUAAAGAACCAAAUGAAGCUGAUCUGUGCAAGCUGACUCUAAACGGAAGGUGGUUUGGCGGCCGCCAGCUCAGUGCUGAAACAUGGGAUGGUGUAACAGAUUAUCAGGUGGAGGAGACUGCAAGAGAAAGGGAAGAAAGGCUCAAGGUGUGGGGGUCGUUUUUAGAGGAUCCUGAUGCAAAGGAGCAGCAACCUACAGCUGAUUCUGAUUCUGCAACAAGUAGCGUUAAACAGUCUGAAGGCACAUCACCAUCAAAAGUUAAUGACACGUCUCAGGAUGUAAAUGAUGAAGCCCAUAAAAGGGAGAAUAAUGGUGAGGGCGUUGAUGAAGAUGGUGCUCCAUCCACAGACAGCAGCCUUGCAGGCAGUGAUGCUGAAGCAGAUACAUAACGUCUUUAAUGCUUUAGGAAAGCAUGGGUUUUAGGGUGAUGUUUGAGUUUAUUCCUUUUUUCUGGGUGACUGCAGACAACAUUCAUAUGAAUAAAUGCAUAUUAGGGUGUCAUCAACUGUGUGCUUUGAAGUUUUCAUUAAAAGCAGUAUUUAAUGAGGUUCUAAAAGUUUGUAUUAAUUGGCUGUUCAGGUAAAGUAACUCAAGUUGCCAAGAAUGCAGUAAAACUCAUCAGGCUUCUUUUGUUCUAACUAUGCUUGUCAGUGUUUCAUUAUGUAAGUGUGAAAUAUGUUCCAACCCUUAAGUUUAUGUAGCUAUAUGUAACUUAAGUAAUGCAGAGCUAUUACAAGAUUUGUGGAUUUUACUGUUAAUUUUCCUGUACCCCUUGGAACUUGAUGUCUCACGCUUAAAAAGGAUUCUUGUCCUGAGAACUUGGGAUCAUUUUAUGGAGCAGAUGGUGUGACACAUAUAGGGUGAAUGCAUUGGAUGUGCUGCUAUGCAUUAAGUAGCAAAUGAAAAGUGCAGUACCAAGUUGAAAACUUGAAAACAAACAAGGUUGCCGUAGCCAACAUAAGGCAAAACUGAGUGAAGGUACAUUAUUAAAUCCUGACAUUCAGCAAAUUAUUUUGUUCUUCCCCUGUUUAGAUUUUCUGUUGACGUUUAGAUCUUCCAUUGAGGCUGGAGUUAUGUCAAGGAGACUAGAAAUGCACGAGCACACACAUUCAAGGCCAGAAUGAAAUCAGAUUGAUCUUUAACUCUCAUGGUCUAUAUGCUGUAGGUUUGCAAAUAGGCUUUUGAUUGAUGUGUUGUUGGCUUUGUUUAGUCUUUGCUUUAAUAUUAAAGGUUUUCAUUUAACUUUGUUAGAUGAUGAGUGUGAAUUCUCUUCAGCAUUUUAGUUUAGCCUUAUGUGCCCUUUGAAGUGGGGAGAAUCUCCCAAUAUUUUUGACAACUUGAACUACAGUGCAAAAGUUAGAAUACUUGGAAAUGUGCUUUCAAAUAAUAGUCUUUUAUAUGGAAAAAGCAAAUGCUGGCCCUCACAGAAAUAUUUCCUAAAGCAAGGAUUUAGAAGACAUUCUAACUUCGGAUAUCUUAAUAAGUGUCAGGCUUUCAAAAAUAGAUUUGGGGGACCCAUUUUGUGCGUAGUCAUUCUUAAUUUAGAAUCCCAUUAUCUUGAUACCUAAGGAUAAAAGAAUAUGGAUAUAGGCAUUGAACAGUUAAAAUAUCAGUGCUAGAUUCAUAGCACGCUAUUCAUAUGGAUGGUUACUAGUACACAUUUGUAAGAAGGAUUUUUUGAACUUUUUAAAUUCAUAUUGGAUUGUAAGAAACCAUAGAUGCUAAUUCUUAUAUUUCCAUCCCAAAGUAUUCAUAAUACUCUGAAAAUUGGUGUUUUCUGACUUUGUGAUUACCAGAACUCUGAGAUUAGCAUCUAUUUUUUCCAGAAGUCUAUAUGGUACUUUCAAGUUUGUUUUGUUUGUUGGUAUGUUAUCGAUUUAAAUCGGUAACUAUGCCAACCAGAGCAUCUAAGUUAACACUUUGCCACUGUAGUGAUACAUUAUAUCUUUUUCUGAAAAAAUACCUGGUCUUAAAACAAAGAUGGUAUUUGAAUUCAGGGUUUAAAAGUCUGGGGGCUCGUUAUAAGCUAGAAUGACCUAUUUCUAGUUUUGUGUUGCAUGAUAAAGAAGAGCUGUAACCCUUGCCAGCUAAAACAGACCAUUUUCUCAUCUUUACAAGCGUGUGAAUUGUAUGUUUUGGCAAAACAAGUGUUGGACCAGUUCAGGGGAUCUGAAAUACGGUCUGGUGUGUAUUCAGAUUACAUCUCUGGGUUGUGUUGGUGCUGCCUCAGUUAUUUUUAUUGGAAAUAAGCACCACAGACCUUUGAGGGCUGAAGGUUUUGGCACAUGAGUGUGAUUUAGUGUGCUGGCUGUUGCUUUCAGUGCUCCUUUUUUUCGUUCAGUUUUCAGGCUUUAGAUCUGUUAGGCUAUUGUGUUUUGUUAGCUUGGUUUUUUUUGAGAGCAUAGUCAUAUAACACACUACACAGCUAAAUCACCAGUUUUGCAGUGGAAUUGAUCCUGAUACAGGGUAACUAUUGACAAAUGUAUAAAUAUUGUACAGUUCUAUGAAGCCUUAUCAUGGUAUCGAUAUAAAAAAGAAGGUUGGUGUUUGAAAAAAGACUUAGAAUGAUAAAGAAUCAUUAUAUGUGCAGUAACCUUCCUCUCUCCAAUUGAUGUACAGAUUGGAUUGGCUUUGCUUCAGGAGUCAAACAUGAUGUUAAGUCUUUUUACCUUUACCUCUAGACUUCACACUGAAGUAGAGCUCUGACAAAGACUGAGCCCAAAUGUUUUACUGGCUUUCCUAUUAACUAGUUUUCUUAAGGAAAUAAAAGCUGUUUUUCCAUGAAAAUACAUUGUUCUGAAGUCCAGCAUUAUACUCAAACUGUUUUCUUUUCCUUUUGUCUACCUCUGUUAUUCCCCAGUAAAAUGUAAACAUAUAUUUUUAUAAGCUAUUCAUUUAGUUAUUGAGGCAUUUAAUAGUCUAUGGAGGGGUUAAUGCAGCUGUGACUUUCUCUUCAGCAGAUUUUCACUGAGACCGAAUUCUUUUGAUGUUUUCCUCUUUUAAAUAAUGCCCAUUUUAUAAAUUAAUCUGAACAUAAAGGAAAUGUUUUCACAAAAGUUAAAAUUACUAUUUUGAAGUAUGAUUAUGAAAAUCUUUUAGUAUAGAGCAGUAAUGUUUAGUACCAAAUUGUAACAAAUCUGAAGCUGAGCAAGCAGAGUUGCUUUCUAAACAUCCAUUGUUUACUGGCUGAGCAGCAUCAUAGAUAAAUUGCUAGGAAGUCAAAACCCCAAUGUAAUUUUCAUUGUAUUUGUUCUUUCUAAUGACUCACUCCUUAGAAGUGACUAAAUCAAACUUUUAGCCCAGUUUCUAAUUCUUCUUCGGUUCCGUUCCAGUAUUCCACAUGUUCCUUCAUCCCAUGGCUUUUGGUGAGAGGUUCGCUUUAAGAAAAGCAGAGUCCUCCCCUCCGUAUGGUAUGGAAACAGUAACUAGAAACGAUUUAUGGAUGAUGGUUGUUGCUCAGUUUUGACCUAGAGAAAUAGCUAUUUCUACGAAUUCACACGGUGUAACUAAAUGGAUGUGAAGCCACUUAAAUAUAACAGCAGGGAAAGAGUAUUAACUGGUAUUUCAGCAUAAUUGGGCACAGAUAAUCAUUUAACCAUGCAAUACAAAAUCAGUUGCUUAGCUUCAAGAUAUAUUGGUAGUUUGCUUUACAAUCAAAUGCUAUUUAGUGUUUUGCUGGCAAGGUGGUUGUACGGAGUUUGGAGCAUCCAUCAGCGAUUCUGUGGUUCAACAAAAAGCCCCAAAGAAAAGGUACAUAGGUUGUAGCAGGUUCUCGAAUGUUCAUAUACAGCUGUAAAGAGAGAAUUAGUUUCAUUUUGCAUCAAAAUGUUUAUCUGUUUCUCCUGCUGACUUUUUUUAAUUACUUUUUUUAAUUGAAUUUCAGUCCCUCGUACAACUUACAUUUUGUAUAAGGAUUGCAAUUCACUUAAAAUCAUUAGUAAGUUAAAUGCAGUGCAUUUUAGCUAAAACAUGUUAAUCUAUUUACAAUUACGAAUACAUAGCUUAAUUCACUGAAGAAAACUUAAAGGUAGUGGAUGCUUCAUAGGAACUCAAACUUGCCUUUAGAUUUUCCAGUAGAAACAAUAUUCAUACCCUGAAUUCUUGAGCUGUGUAACCGAACCGAAUUCUUAAAAAAUACAUAUACAUAUAGAUUUUAAUUGGAUUUUAAACUCUUGAUUUUAUUUCUGAAUUUGAGGAAACAUACUGCAGUAUGAUAAAUGAAUUAUGUAAGUUGUAUACUUGUGUUGAUUUGGCUUGUGUGUAUUUCAGUGCUCAUUAUACAAGGCUUGAAGUCUUACUGUCAGGAUACUCUGAAAGUUCUGUAAAAUAUUUAUAGAAUUAUGAAAUCUUUUGCAGCAAGUUGUUUUUUGCUCAUUCUGUAAUAUGAAAGUAUAUUGUUAGAUUAAACUUUUCAGUAAGUCGA